AUGGCAAAUCAGGUGAUCUCCGGGAUCAAGGAAACGGCUCAAGCAAUUACUGGUGCGGCUCGUCCGUGGGGCGAUUUCCUCGAUCUCUCAGCUUUCAGCUUCCCUUCCUCAUUCGCCGAUGCCACGACUCGCGUGACUCAGAACUUGACCCAUUUCCGAAUCAACUACUCUAUCAUCCUCUCUUCCCUCCUAGCUCUUACCCUAAUUACACGCCCGAUCGCUGUUCUCGCUUUCUUCGCCGUUGGUCUAUCUUGGUACUUCCUCUAUUUCGCUCGCGAGGAGCCGCUCACGAUCUUCGGCUUCACUGUCGACGACGGCGUCGUGGCGGUGCUUCUCUUCGGUCUCUCAAUCGCGUCUCUAGUCAGCACCGGAGUUUGGCUCAGAGCUCUCACCACCGUUGGAUUCGGCGUUCUGAUUUUGAUCCUACACGCCGCGCUUAGAGGAACGGAGGAUCUAGUGACAGACGAUCUGGAAUCACCUUAUGGACCUAUGCUCUCUACUGCCGGCGGUGGUAACGACGGCGCGCGUGGUGACUACAGUGGAAUAUGA